AUGAAUUCCAGGGACAUGUUCCACACCGUCCGGAAAUUCCCGUCGAGGUGUGUGGUGUGUCUGGUUCUGCCUUGCUCGAUUCUGGAGCAUCCGUUUCGGCCAUAUCCGAAGAAUUUUUUUGCUACCAUCAAGAACCGGUCCCCUACCAAUAAGAUUUUGUCCAUCUUACCUGUAACCGGAGUUACAAUCUCAACAGCUGUGCGUGGGCGGAGCAAGAAAAUCACGAAGCAAGUCUUCAUGCCACUGGUCUUGUUCGAAAAAGACGCCCCAGGUGUUUUCCUCGUCGUCCCACAUCUUGCUACCCCCAUCAUCCUUGGAGAUGACUGGCUAUCGAAAUACGGAGUUGUUCUUGAUUAUUCUGGACACUGCAUCAAAUUUCCUCAAUGGGGAAAAGAAUAUUCAUUCAAGGGCGACGAUGGAGAUGUUCCAGCAGCCCAUAUUACCCGUAUAAAUGUCCAUUAUACUACCGAACACGUCGUGCCCACUGGAUUGGAACAUUGUCUCUCUAGUAUGGAUAGUUUGGAUAGAUUUUCAUCACCACCUCGGAAUUUGGAAAUUAACUGUAUUAACAACCACGUAUGUCCCAGAGAUCCACUAUCAAAUCGGCUCAACGAACUCAUGGCGAAUGGCGCUGAGAUUACGGUCGAACAACAACAAGGUCUAUUACGUCUUCUCCAAGAAUUCACUCACAUUUUUAGUGACCGUCCUGGACUGAACCAGCUCUAUAUGUGCCGUUUCACCGUAUCACCGUUCAAGAUUCGCCCAUACCCUGUGCCUUUUGCCAGACGACCCGCGGUAGAGAAGGAACUCCAAAGGAUGCUGGAUUGGGGGGUUGUUGAACGAUGUUCAUCACCUUACAGUAACCCAAUAAUCUGUGUAGGAAAAGCCGAUGGGUCCGUGCGGCUGUGUUUGGAUGCUCGCCGCAUUAACAAAGUUAUCCUUCCGAUGCGCGACUCAUCUCCGCCUCUCAAUGAACUACUUGCACGUUUUGGUGGAAAGUCCAUAUUCUCCAGUGUCGAUUUUACUGCCGGAUAUUGGCAAGUGCCCCUACACCGGGAGGUCCGUAAAUAUACAGCAUUUGUCUACGACGGUCGGACAUAUCAGUUCACGGUCGUCCCGUUUGGUUUGAACAUCUCCAAUACCGCGUUCGGUCACGCCCUCGAAGCCGUCCUUAAUGUGUCGCUCCCAGACUGUGAAGACAAGAUGAACGAUCUACAUAUAUACGUCGACGAUCUACUAGUAUCAUCAUCCAAUUUCGAUGAACACCUCCAACGCCUCCGUAUUCUUUUCCGGAAAAUCGCCAUGUCGGGCAUGACGCUGAAGCUCACUAAGUGUGAAUUCGUCAAACAGCAAAUCAAGUUUCUGGGCCAUAUUAUUAGUUCGUCCGGAAUGUCCAUGGACCCUGAGAAGCUAAUGGCCAUCCGCAGCUUUCCCAAGCCACGUACAAAAAAAGAAUUACAGUCGUUCAUUGGUUUCUGCAAUUUCUACCGGAAGUUCGCUGAUCACCACGCCUCGUUAAUAGCUCCUUUGAUCAAUCUCAUUAAGCAAGGUGUGCCGUGGAAGUUUGGAGAAGAGGAGCUCAAAAUGUUUGACCGCGUGAAGCAAUCGUUUACCGAACAGUACCUCUCGCACCCCUUGUUCGAUCAGGUAUUUUACUUGCAGACCGAUGCCAGUAAACUCGGGUUGGGAGCUGAGCUGUUCCAACUUACGUCUGACGGAGAACGCCGAACGAUUUUGUUCGCCAGCCGAACUCUGAACUCUGCGGAACAGAAUUACUCCAUUACCGAGUUAGAACUCUUGUCGGUGGUGUUCGCUUGUGAAAAGUUCCGCGUAUUUAUUCUGGGAUAUCCUGUUCAGGUGCUCACGGACCACCAAGCGUUGACCUUUCUCUUCCAGUGUCGUCUGAGGAAUGCGCGUCUUACUCGUUGGACACUACUUUUGCAACAGUUUGAUUUGCGGAUCACCUAUAUUCCCGGGCCUGAUAAUAUUCUGGACGCGUUAUCGCGAAACCCAGUAGGACGGAAUGACGAGGUAUCCAGGUCACUAAGUGGUCCCAGUAUUCUACUAACCACCCCUAUAAGCGUUCGUAAAGAACGUGAUCGACAACUACCGUGUUUCCAAGCUAUAUUGUCCUCGCAAAGAGACGACCCACCAUUGAAGAAGAUUAUAGAUCUCCUUAACGGAGACAGUCUAGAGGCCUGGCCACAAAGUCAGUACUACUGCCUUGUUGAAGGUGUUCUUUUCUACCGUCGCCACGCAAGCAGUGACCAGUGGUUGGUCUGUGUCCCAAACCAUCGAAUCGAUGAACUCAUCGUUUCAGUACAUCACCACUUCGGGCACGUCGGGCCAAAGAAAUGUAUUUUAGCUAUUCGAGAUUUCUGUUUUUUCAAGCACCUCCAGACCCGUGUACGUUCAGUGAUACGCGCGUGUGAUUUAUGUCAACGAACCAAGGCAUCUACUCAACGCCAAGAAGGUGAGCUGAAGUCUGUCCUUGCCGACGUUCCCCUUGGUCGCGUUCUGGUUGAUUUGUACGGUCCACUUCCUCAGGGUUGGAAUAACGUACGAUACGUUUUUGUGGUCUUAGAUAAUUUUUCUCGAUAUGUCCGUUUGUACGCAAUAAAGAAGGCCACUGCAGUCACGGUUACGAAUCGGAUGAUCAACGAUUACAUCGCCACGUACGGUAGUCCAAGGUGUAUAGUGUCAGAUCACGGCGCCCAGUUCACUAGCAAGGUCUGGCAGAACCGCCUUCGGGAGAGAGGAGUACCUCCAACGCUGACUUCAGUAUACCACCCUCAGUCUAACCCGGCCGAACGAGUUAUGCGGGAACUCGGGAGGAUGUUUCGAACUUACUGUAAUCAAGAUCAUGCUGAGUGGCCAAGACACCUUGGAUACAUUGAAUGGGUACUGAACAACACUGUGCACGAAGCUACAGGGUAUACGCCGCAAGAACUGUUUCUCACCCUCGAACGAUACAACCCAUUUAGUGCUGUAGUCUCUUUUCCACUCAGGGCCGCACUAUCUCAGCAAACAAAAAUGACUCUGGCACGUGAGGUUCAGCAGUCCCAUGCUGAGCGACGACGUUUACGUCAUGAUCAACAGGGUCGAGUGACAAAUUUUGUUGUCGGAGAUCGUGUAUUGGUACGAACACAUCGUUUGAGUUCUGCAGUCGAUAAGCAAAUCCACAAAUUCUUUUUGCUGUAUCAAGGACCAUACGUUGUUGUGCGCGUUUCGUCACAAAAUGCUUACACGGUAGCCGACGUAGAAACAAACCGGAUUAUAGGGACCUAUAACAUAAUACACUUGCGUCGGUACAUCACACCCGGACCGGGUCCACUUCAACCGGCUGAAGUCACCGAGGUCCCCCAACGCACACUAUCGUCAUAG